UUGAGGGGACUGUUUACAAUUCUCAUGCCCCUCCCCUACUACCACCGAGCACCCUCUCAUCGAGUUUGUGCUUACGGCCGGCUGUGAGUUGAGCAACUGCCCCUCCAUUCCAGCCAAUCACAGCACGAGUAGCUCCCACAAAGCAACCGCAAAGUGGCCAAUGACAGUGCUGCUCGCUACCACGAUAUGCAACCGCAAAAGCAACAGCGAACAAUGAGCCAAUCAGAGAGACUUUACCAUUGGCGACGUAAUUUCCUCAGCCAUUGUAGCAGGGUUUUUAAUUCAUUCAGCGCAUCUCAGGUACGUUAAACCACAAUUUACCUGACGGUCUAUCUGUGGAAAAUUGAGGACAUCGACUGCUUUGGUAAGUGUUUUUCGUUUUCCAUUUUAGUAUUUGACGUUCACUAAGGUUUAUGUUAGCAAAGGACUAAUUUACUGAAUAAUCGCUGAUAACCCCCUCAUUUAGUUCAACGUUAUCGACUGCUAGUACUAACAUUAAUGUUACCUUCCCCCACUUGGAAAUGACCAGCUGAUAUCUGCUUUAUUUCUAAAGCUUUUACUGAAUGGAAAAUUAUAAUUACGUUUUUGGCAAUAAUACUAACGUUAACAUCAAAAGCCACAUAGGCUGCAAGUUAGCUUUGAAUGAUUGUUACAUUAGCUUGUAGUUAUCCUAAGACGUAGGCGUUAACAUUGUUAUCUAACCUUAUCGGUAGACUAUAUUUUAUUUUUAAUCGAUGUAAUUUUGUGUUGGACCUUUGUAACUAUAUUAUAACAUCAGGCUAUUGAUAUGUGUAUGGGAGUCUCAGCACAGUGUCAUUUUAUUCUGACUCUGUAAAAGGUUAUCCCUCCCUUCCCCAAAUCCCAGGAACUGUGGCCAGUGCCACAUUCUUACAGGCCUAUCUGGUGGAUACAUGGCCUUGCCAGGUGGAACAGGGGCAUGGCUGCGGAGGGGAGAGUGGAGCCCCACUCCUACAGUGGCCUUCUACGGCAUGCUGCCAACCAUUUGUAUCACCAGACUGGCAGUGCACUGGAGGACUACAAACACACACUGGCUGCAUUGGAGACAGAGGAGGUGUCUGUGGCUGAUGAGGGCUAUUUUGAGCCUGAGGCAGAGGAGUUAGAGGACUUUACUGUCCCCAUCCUGGAAUCUCCCCCACUCGCUGGUCCCACUGGUACGGCUUCUUCACUCGGCACUGGUUCUGCGAAUGUAGCACCUGCCGCACCACUCACCAGUGUUUCCCCGGUGCCUGCCACACCACCAUCCAGCUGCCUGAAGUGAACAUGGCAACACUGGCACAAUGUACAACAAGCGUAGCCGAAGUCAGGAGACUGAGAUGCUGCAACAAGCCUGUCCUGAGGCUCCAAUCGCAGGACCUGUGCAGCAGCUGUCUACACCCCAGAAAGAGGCUCUGUCCAUCGUGGUUGUGGUGGACAACCCACAUGUCUUUCCUCUGCCAGCAUGGCCAGGCUGAGAAGACGGCUGACAUUUGGGGAGACAGACCAACCUGCCGCAACACCCUUUUGGCUACAGCGUCCUGUGAGCAGCGCAACAUUCACCUCCCUUCAGCGCCCUUCAGCCAGCGCAACAUUCACCUCCCUGCAACGUCCUUUAGCCAGCGCAACAUUCACCUCCCUGCAACGUCCUUUAGCCAGCGCAACAUUCACCUCCCUGCAACGUCAUUUAGCCAGCGCAACAUUCACCUCCCUGCAACGUCAUUUAGCCAGCGCAACAUUCACCUCCCUGCAACGUCAUUUAGCCAGCGCAACAUUCACCUCCCUGCAACGUCCUUCAGCCACCGCCACCCUCACCUCAGUGCAGCGCACUUCAGCCACCGCCACGCUCACAUCCCCACAGCGCACUUCAGCCACCACCUCGCAAGGUCCAAGCCAGAGGCUGAUCCUGCCAGCCGGUCUUGUGCAAAGGGAUGGGAGGGGGAAGAGGAGCAAAAUGAUUGA